CCGACAACGGUGUGCGAGGUGGUUACUUUUUCUUUCGAGGUUUGACCUGACUGUGGCAGACGUUUGACCAGAUUAGGGCGUGUGAACGUUUUGCCCGUUUUCCUCUCCUCCUCAUUUCACAUUCAUGCUCCGUGCAAAUCCUCCGUUGCGAGCAGGGCGAAGGGCAGCGACAUGGUGUUCGCGCCAAACCUUUCCUGCUUCCUGCAGUGCCCGUUACGCAACGGCGACGUCGAGCAAGCCGAUAUUGUCGGUGGGCAUUCGAAGGGAAGCCAAGAAUAGGUGGGAACGCCGGGUGCCUCUCAUGCCGGAACACGUCGAGAGGCUUGUGAAAGAGGUUGGGGCACAGGUGUAUGUGCAGCCAAGCACGAAAAGGGUGGUUCCCGACGAAAAGUAUCAGCAGGCUGGUGCUAUCAUCCAGGAAGAUCUAUCCGUUGCAGACAUUAUCGUUGGUGUCAAGGAAGUUCCCAUUGAACAAUUGAUUGAAAACAAGACGUACCUUUUCUUCUCGCAUACGCAUAAGGGCCAAAAAUACAAUAUGCCGCUCCUCCAAGCAAUCUUGGACAAGCGGAUUCGAUUGAUUGACUAUGAGCUCAUGACCAACGAGCAUAAGCGGCGAUUGGUGCAAUUCAGUCGGUUUGCGGGUUACGCAGGCAUGAUCGACGGGAUGCACGGUUUGGGACACCGGUUACUUGCCCUAGGAUAUGGAAAUCCGUUCUUGGCUAUUGGAAUGUCGUACAUGUAUCGAACACUGGCAGACGCCAGGUUGGACGUAACACGUACCGGUCAAGUCAUCAUGGACGAUGGAUUGCCGAGACAGAUGGGUCCCAUGUCUUUUGUUUUCACAGGCGAUGGCAAUGUUGCUCGGGGAGCAAUGCACGUCUUCAAAUGUUUACCUCAUGAAUGGGUUAGUCCGGAUGAGCUGAAGGAUCUGUACAAUAGCAACAGUUGGAGCAAUCACCGGGUAUAUGGAUGUCAAGUGAGAACACAAGAUUAUCUCGUGCGAAAGGAUGGCUGGAAGUUUGAUCGGGAACACUAUCGUGAGCAUCCCGAGCAGUACAUGUCCGUCUUCCACGAAAAGGUUGCACCUUACACCAAUGUCCUUGUAAAUGGUAUAUUCUGGGAUCACCGCUAUCCUCGUUUAUUGACCAGCGAGCAAGCGCGACAGCUCGCUCACGAGGAUCGCUUGCGUAUGCUCACCGUUGCAGAUGUUUCCUGCGAUAUAAAUGGUUCACUGGAGUUUAUGAGCCAUUCGUCCACCAUUGAUAACCCAUUUUUCAUGUACGAUCCAGCAACUGGAAAAACUCACCACAAUAUGGAAGGGAAAGGGGUACAAAUCAUGUCCAUAGACAAUCUGCCAACAGAAUUGCCUCUUGAAGCCAGCGAAUAUUUUAGCAACGCGCUCUUUCCGUUUAUCAACCAGCUGGUUCAAGGCAACUAUGAUCACCCCGUUCUGAAACGAGCAACUGUCGCUACCUCAGAGGGGAAACUGGCGCCGGCCCGUACGAAACUCUACGACGUCUUGGCAAAGCAUGGUCAAGGGAUCAAAGUGAAAGCAAACCAGCGGGUUCUCCUCCUGGGAUCAGGUUUCGUGUCGGCACCCCUGGUGGACUAUCUGCUUCGUGCACCAAACCGAUCGGUUACAAUUGCUAGCAACAUGCCAAAAGAAGCGAAAGAGCUCUCCAAAGAUCGAAAGAACGCACCGAUUACGGGUUUGAAUGUCGCCGAUAAGGACGCCCUCUCUGAGCUUGUGUCGCAGCAUGACCUUGUUGUCAGUUUCGUCCCCGCUUCUUUGCACCCGGCGGUCGCGGAAGCGUGCAUCCAACGCAAGAAAAACAUGGUCACUGCCAGCUACAUUUCACCUGAGAUAACUGCUCUCGAUAAGCGAGUAAAGAACGCUGGCAUUACCAUCCUAAACGAAGUUGGACUUGACCCCGGAAUCGAUCACUUGACAGCCAUGAAAAUGUUUGACGAGGUCCGGGAGCAAGGAGGGCGAAUCACAUCCUUUGUCUCCUGGUGCGGAGGAUUGCCAGCUCCUGAAGCCUCAGAUAAUCCUCUUGGAUACAAAUUUAGCUGGAGCCCCAAAGGAGUCCUUCUUGCUGGAUUGAAUUCGGCUCGGUUCAAGAUGAAUGGAAAGCUGACUGAGAUAAACGGAUCUGACCUACUAAAGUCUGCUGUUGAUGUUCCCAUGUACAAAGGUUUUGCCCUGGAAGGUCUACCCAACCGUGAUUCCUUAAAGUACGUUGAUAUGUACAAUUUGGGCGACAUUAAGAAUAUGGAUACCAUGUUUCGUGGCACGCUGAGGUACAAGGGAUAUUGUGCUUUGAUGGCAGCGUUCAAGGACAUUGGACUCUUGAACACUGAGCGACGAAACGAUAUUCAGGGAGGCUUGUCCUGGAGUGAAUUGAUGGAGUCCAUGUUGGGCAAGAAGGGCGACCGACGACAAGCCUUGGCGGCCAAGCUCUCGCUCAGCCCCCAAAACCCGGAACACGCCGCGCGGCUCGAGACGGUCGUGGGCGCUCUUGAGUGGCUCGGCAUGCUCUCAGAAGAUACACCUGUCGCUCCCUCUGAGACCGUCCUAGACGCUUUCUGCGCUCUCCUCCAAAGUCGCCUGGUGUACGGACUCGGUGAACGUGAUAUGGUAGCAAUGCACCACGAAUUUGGCAUUCAGUGGCGAAACGGUUCCAAGGAGAAACGGACGUCCACCCUUGUCGCGUACGGUGAUCCCAAUUCUUAUUCGGCAAUGGCUAAAACUGUUGGCCUUCCGGCUGCCAUUGGGGCGGAGAUGCUUUUGGAUGGCAACUUGACGAGAAAGGGUGUGAUUGCACCAAUGACAAAAGAUAUUUAUGAGCCUAUGCUCGUCAAAUUAGAAGAGGAGGGUAUUCGCUUCGUAGAGGCAGUUGCCAAGUUGUAGAUGUAGUCAAUGGAAUAUCGCAAGUAUGUAAUAUAUAGAUGACAUUGAAAACAGUUGUUAGAAACAACCAGUUGCUGACCCGGCAAUGUGGUUUUCCGUACCAAGACGGAUAUGCUGGGAUUCCAUGUAUGCUGAUACACGAAGAUGAGGGGAUCUACGCU